AUGCAGGCGGCGACGGUGGCAGCGGCGGCCAACGGCGGGGGCGACGUGCAGAAGCAGCAGCAGGUGGGGGCGGCGCCGCUCCCGGCGGUGGCGGCGCUGGCGCCGCCGCCCCAUUGGGUGGCCAUGCCGUUCGCGCCGCCGGGCGCCGCGGCCAUGGUGGUGCCGCACCAGAUGGCGCCGGCGCCGCCCCACCAGUUCGCGCCGCACUUCGUGCCGUUCCACGCCGUCGCGCCGCCGCCCCCGCCGCUGCAGCCGCGCCCGGCGCACGUCGCCAUGGGCUCCCCGGCCCCCGCCGCGCAGCCCGGCCAGGAGGAGAACAAGACCAUCUGGGUCGGCGACCUCCAUUACUGGAUGGACGAGAACUACCUCCACACCUGCUUCGGCUACACCGGCGAGGUUGUCGCAAUCAAGGUUAUUCGUAAUAAGCAAACCGGGCAAUCAGAAGGAUAUGGAUUUGUAGAGUUCUACAGUCAUGCUGCAGCUGAAAAAGUACUUGAUGGUUUUGCUGGGCAUAUAAUGCCAAAUACUGACCAACCUUUUAGGAUAAACUGGGCAUCAUUUAGCAUGGGGGAUAGGCGUUCGGACAUUGCUUCAGAUCAUUCCAUAUUUGUAGGCGAUCUUGCCUCUGAUGUCAAUGAUACUGCAUUGCUAGAGACUUUCUCCAGCAGGUACUCCUCUGUCAAAGGUGCAAAAGUUGUUAUUGAUGCUAACACUGGUAGAUCCAAGGGCUAUGGCUUUGUGCGGUUUGGAGAUGAUAGUGAGAAGACAAACGCCAUGACCGAGAUGAAUGGAGUGUAUUGCUCAACUAGGCCCAUGAGGAUUGGCCCUGCAACUCCCAGAAAAUCUUCAGGUACUUCUGGAUCUACUGGUUCAUCCGCUCGAUCAGACGGAGAUUUGACAAACACAACUGUAUUUGUCGGUGGGCUUGACCCAAAUGUCAGUGAAGAUGAUCUUAAGCAAACCUUCUCCCAGUAUGGUGAGAUUUCCUCUGUGAAGAUUCCAGUUGGGAAACAGUGCGGGUUCGUGCAGUUUCUUCAGAGAAAGAAUGCAGAAGAUGCAUUGCAAGGGCUAAACGGGAGCACCAUCGGGAAACAGACCGUGCGCCUUUCAUGGGGUCGCAAUCCAGCAAACAAGCAGUUGAGGAGUGACAACGGCAACCAGUGGAACAAUGGGAUGUACUACGCGCCCUCGCCGUUCUACAAUGGGUACGGCUACCCCGCGGCACCGUUCCCUGACCCGGGCAUGUACGCUGCUGCCUACGGCGCGUACCCGGUCUACGGGAACCAGCAACAGGUCAGCUGA